AUGCCCCCCCCCACCCCGCUCCGGGCACAUCAGGCUCCCCCACUGGCAGCCCUUGGCUGCACUACGGAGCGAGCUCGUGGUCGCCCGGAGCGGGUAUUCCUGCCGGCGUUUACCGCCCGGUCCGGGGACACGCGGCGGCGCGAGCCCGCAGGGACAGGUCCGCUCGCCCCAAGCGGAGGCAGAGCGAAGAUUGGAGGCGGCGCCCGGCCCUCCGGGGACGCGCUGCCCGGGGCUUACGGGCUUUUUCUUGGGGACCGAACCUCCAGGCUGUCACGCCAGGGCCCCCGCCCCCGCGCCGGGCGCGCCUCCCCAGGUCCCCUUGACUUUCAGCGACCCCGAUCCCUGGGGGACGCGCCACGGCUGGGCCGGGGGGGUGAGGACCCGACCCUCUCGGUCCCCGUCCCGGCCUCCCGGCCCCGCGCCACUUACCCGGCCGGGAGCUUGCAGGAGCGCGGCGCCGCGGGCACUCCGGGCCGAACCGCCCUACCCCUCCCUGCGUCCGGAGAGGCUCCGGGCUGGGCGGGGCCGGGGCGGGACCCGGACACUCGCCCCCGCCCCGCCCAGUCCUCUGGGGACCCGGCAAGGGAGCCGCCCCCAGGCCCCGCCAAGGUGGCGGGGCGAGAGAGGGACGCGCCGGGCUCCGCGCGCUCGGCGGAGGCCCCCGAGGCUCGGCCCCAGUCCGGUGGGCGGAAGGAGCGCUGCCGUGGGGGGUCCCCACUCUCACCCCAGGCCGCGCGCCCCGGGCUGCCCUCUCCGGCUCGGGAGCCGCCCCGAGCCCCGCCCCCCGCCUGCCUCCGCCCGGGUCUCAUCCUUGGGGCUGGCGCGGAGCUGCCGCGCCCCGGGGUAAAGUUCGAUCUGCGGACUUCCUCUGUGCGUCCAGCCCUGGGGAGGAGGCUGGGGGCCUGGGAGGUCUUGCCCUCUGGGAGCCGAGAUGGGGGCAAAGGCAGGGGCUCCCCUCCCGGAGGCGCGAAAUCCAAGGAGGAAGUGACACUUAUCAGCCAUCCCAGGAGCCACCGUGCGAGGGAUCUUCACGCCCCAGGCUCGGAUGGGUGA